AUGUCAUCAAAAGGGGAAACAGAGGCCGAUUCUGGCACGGUGUCGCCAAAUACAUUACCUGUUAAAAAUGAACCGGUGGCGGCACCAAGUAAGGAGACUCCCAAACGAAAUAAUAGUACAUUAUUAAAAUGUACAACAUGUAAUAGCUUCAGUACACUAAGUACUCGGGCUCUAAACACUCACAUGGCUCAGUGCUCCCCAGAUAACAAUAAUGUGGCCUCGGCUCAGAAUAAUGAUGCCAGGCCGCACAGAAAACUCUUUGAGUGCGAUGUGUGCAAUAUGAAAUUCUCCAACGGCGCCAAUAUGCGUCGCCAUAAAAUGCGACAUACUGGUGUCAAACCUUAUGAAUGCAGAGUCUGUCAGAAGCGAUUCUUCAGGAAAGAUCACUUAGCUGAGCAUUUCACAACUCAUACAAAAAGCUUGCCAUAUCAUUGUCCAAUUUGCAAUCGGGGUUUCCAACGCCAGAUCGCGAUGCGCGCCCAUUUCCAGAACGAACACGUAGGUCAGCAUGACCUUGUCAAAACUUGCCCUCUAUGUAGUUACCGCGCGCCCACUAUGAAGAGUCUUCGAGUACACUUCUUUAACAGACACGGUAUUGAUCUCGACAACCCAGGCCCUGGGAAUACCUCUGUUUCCCUCUUGGCUGCUGGAAUCGCAAAUGCAGCAUAUGGUGAUGGUACAAUGGACCCUAGUACACUAAAUGCAUUGGGUGCUCUUGGAUCCGGACUAUCGGUAUCAGUUGCGGCAGCUUAUUCAGAUAGUGGUGACAGCAACGGAGAGAGAUCGGUUGACAAUGCGACACCACCCAUGCACUAUUUGACCCCUCACGUUGAAAUAUCAAUGGCAGACAAUAAUGAAACAUUUUCCCCUGGACAGACAAGUCAUAUGGGCAAUUCAGAUGCCCGUGUGAAUGGGGAAGGUCCCAGUUCACCCCAGUCAGGAGAUAGCGCAGUGGCAAGUAGCUCACUCUCCGCAGGCCUGCCGACUAACAUCACUCCAUCAAUCACACUUAUACCUAUUAAACAGGAGCCAAAUGCGGAAGAGAAUGCCGGUGAAGAUGGGAAUGGCGAAAAACGAGACGUUAAAUCGAGUCUCAAUUCCCUUAUAAAGGUUUCGCCGCUCAAAAGCCUCCUUAGAGAAGACUUACGCCGUAGAAUCUCAGCGCGUGGACGCUCGCGUGGCUCAAAUGCUCGUGCAUCACCAAGCGAAGGCGGCAUGAUAACGUCCACUCACGGCGACGCCCUACUACCAUCUUCCCUUGUCUGCACAUUCUGCUCUAUCACAUUCCCUGAUUCGACUCUAUAUUUCCUUCACAAGGGUUGCCAUUGCGACUCAAAUCCAUGGAAAUGCAACAUUUGCGGCGAACAAUGCUGCAAUGUUUACGAAUUCAACUCGCAUCUACUGUCCAAAAGCCACCAAUGA